AAUGAUAACAGCAUUUAUACUUUAAAUCAAAUUUUAGGUGAAAUCUCGGGGCUCUAUUUUAUUAUUUAAAGAAUUAUAAAUUUUAAUUAUUAUAAUCUGAGCACAAUUAACGUCUCGAACAUGAAUAAUAGUAAUAACUCUUCCACCAGUCUAAUGACUGUGGAUAAGCCGGAACAAAACGAAACUGAAUUUAAGUGUACAAAUGGUGUGGAAAAUUUAUCAAAUGUUCGAAAUUUAAAAGAUUUAUUGAAGGUUUCAACACAAAUGACAAGUGCUAAAAACGAAGAAUGUGCUUUAAAUUCGAAUAGAGAAUUUCUUGAAGAGAAAAAAAAAUUUCUUGAAAAUGUUCUGUCUACAAUGUCUGUAAAUGUGCACGAAGAAAUGAAUAAUUCAAUAAAUAUAUUGUUAGAUGUUAAUAAGAGUGUAGAAGAAUAUGAAUAUGCAUUUGAUGUCAUUGAAGAGUUUAUUGAAAAUAUUGAUUAUGCCAAUGAUUUUCAAAAACUUGGAGGAUUUCAAGUUUUUAUUCCUGGUUUAAAAUCUUUACAUUCAACAGUAAGGUGUAAAACAGCUGAAUUAAUUGCAACUCUUGUACAAAAUAAUCCUUAUUGUCAAGAUAAAUUUAUGGAAGAAUCUAGUUAUAUUCAACUAUUAAUAAGUAUAGUACAAACAGAUUCAACUGAUGAAGUACGUGUUAAAGCGUUACAUGCACUGUCAGGCCUUGUUCGACAAAAUGUAAAUGCAUUUUGGAAGUUUAUUGGUUAUGGAGGCAACAAUUUAAUUUUGGAAGCUUUGAAGUCUUCAUGCAAUAAAUUGAAAAUUAAAGCUGUAUUUUUAGUGUAUUCAACCUGUCAUAUGGGGAAUGAUAUUGCAGAAAUGUUCGUUGAUAAUGGUGUUGUUGAAAUCUUGUGUCAACUAAUUGUGAACAUAGAAAAUUUGGACGAACACCAUCAUGAUUUGUUUUUAUCUUCUUUAAACCAAUUACUUCGUAUGUCACCUGUUAAAGUGAAGGAGAUAUGUGGAAAAGUUGAAAAUUUAAAUCAAUCAUUGUGCAAACUUCGGGAUUCUUAUCCUGAUGAUCCAGCACAUCAGGAGGAUAAAGAUCAAAUUCUGUGGCUAUUGGAAACUCUUACUCUAUGAAUAAGAAUAUUGUUUAAAAAUUCACUCAUUUGUAAUUAUUUAAUAAAAAAUAAAAUAAUUAAUAAUUAAAAUUGACAUUUACAUUUA